UCGAAAACGCUAUACCGCUUGCCAUCGACUACGCAUGUCCAUUCUGGAGUGUUUGUUUACUUGCGUUGUAUGUGCGUGCGACUGCUUCCCCAGGCUUUUGCAUAACAUUGUUUUAAGGUUUAAACCUUAUUCUGCCGAUAUGGCAGCCACAGCACCGAACCCGGACGAUUCGAACAGAAGCAGCGGCAGUGGAACCAGCCCACCCACUGUACUCGCGGGGGAUGGGGAUUCAGAGGAGGCCGAAGAUUUUACAUCUUCAACCCACUGCUCAGAGCUGUCUCGUCGGCAGAAUGAGCAGAGGAAGACCGGGUUGUUCUGCGAUGUGACGUUGGCCUUCAGUAGCGGGGCAGCCAGCGAAAGGGUCCAAAGUUGCGAGUUCACGGCCCACCGUUCGGUUCUGGCUGCAUCUACGGACUAUUUCACCCCUCUACUGGGGGGGCAAUUUUCUGAGUCGCUGUCCGGGCGGGUGGAUAUGAAAGAAUGGAGCUCUGAAACGGGGCCCGACCCAGAGACAGUGGAAAGCGUCAUACAGUUCAUGUACACUGGUGAAAUACGAGUGAGCACCGCCAACGUUCACGAAGUAUUGGAACUAGCUGACAGGUUCCUGCUGGUGCAGCUGAAAGACUUUUGCGGUGAGUUCCUGAAGAAGAAGUUGAGCCUGGCUAACUGCGUAGCGGUGCACAGCCUGGCCCACAUGUACACGCUGGACCAGCUUGCCCUGCGUGCUGCUGACAUGAUCAGACGCAACUUCCACAAGGUCAUCCAGGACGAAGAAUUCUACACGCUCCCCUUCCACCUGGUGCGGGACUGGCUGUCCGACGCCGAGAUUACCGUGGACUCGGAGGAGGUGCUCUUCGACGCUAUCGUCAAAUGGGUACAGCGCAACGCUGAGGAGCGAGAGAAGCACUUUGAGGAGCUGUUUCGUCUCCUCCGACUUCCCCAGAUAAUGCCCACCUACCUAACCCAGGUGGUCAAGAAGGAGCCCUUGGUGGCCAACAACGCCGCCUGCCUGCAGCUGGUGUCUGAGGCCGUGGAGGGCCACGCCAUUCGCUUUGAGAACCUCAAGUCAGUCGACCUAGAGUUCUGGGCGUCACACAUGGCAGCCUUCCAGCCGCGCUUCGGACAGAACAUGGACGUGAUCAUGGUGGUGGGCGGGGUGUCUGAGGGCGGCGACUACCUGAGUGAGUGCGUGGGCUACUUUGUGUAUGAGGACCGCUGGGUCAACUUGCCCCACAUCCACAACCACCUGGAUGGCCAUGCCAUCGCCACUACGGACUCCCACGUUUACGUAGCAGGCUCCAUGGAACCGGGCUUCGCCAAGACCGUGGAGCGCUACAACCCCAACCGCAACACCUGGGAACAGGUGAGUAACCUGACCACGCGCAAGCACUCCUUCGGCCUCACCUGCAUCAAGAACAUCCUGUACAGCAUCGGCGGCCACGGCAACUUCAGCCCGGGCUUCAAGGACGUGAGCGUGUACGAGCCCGAGCAGGACAAGUGGCACAACCUUGAGUCGGCGCCCAAGAUCCUGCGCGACGUGAAGGCGGUGAGCGUGGAGGAUCGCUAUGUAUAUGUGACGGCGCGCACGCCCGUGGACACGGACAACGAGGACGGGCUGAAGACUGUGACCACGCGCUACGACACCGAGAGCCACCAGUGGCAGGAGGUGGACUCCCUGCCGCUCAUUGACAACUACUGUGUGUUCCAGAUGGCGGUGGCGCCCACCAACUUCUACCACACUGCCUCCUGCUGCCCCAAGAGCUAUGCCGUGCAGGACGAGACCGCAAAGCAGAAGAUCAGUGCUCGCAUCUCGGACGACAUCCUGGAGAGCCUGCCGCCUGAGGUCACCAGCAUCGAGGGCACUGCCAUCUGCUACCUGGGCGAGGACGUGUUUGUGAUCGGCGGCUGGAAGAACAGCGACGACGUGGACAAGCAGUACCGCAAGGAGGCCUACCGCUACUGCGGCGAGCGGAAGCGCUGGAUGCUGCUGCCGCCCAUGCCCCAGCCGCGCUGCCGUGCCACCGCCUGCCACGUACGCAUCCCCUACCGCUUCCUGUACGGCUGCCAGCGCUACCCUAUGCCACAGAACCUGGCGCGGCAGCGGGACCGCAUGCAGCAGAUGCAGCAGCUCCACCGCCGCACCCUCACCCUGCGCAGGCAGCUGCAGUCGCAGAUCGAGUGCUGAACUCCAUUCCGUCCUCCCACGAGCGGCAUCGUUUUCAGUGUCCGAUUCCCAUUUUCCUUUCAGUACUGUCCCUCCUGUCUAAUAUGCAGUUCGUUGAUAUUGCCACGCUUUUUUUCGGGGUUGCUUUUCAUUUUUUGGGCUCAGGUUUGUCGAUGAGAGAAAGUGUCUGUGGCAGUUGUAUGUGACAAUUGGCAUUGAAUAAACGUAUGACUAGACAAUGGAACGAUACGCCAUGUAAAAAGGACAUUAUUUAUGUAUGCUUUUGGCCUUACUUAAAUAUGCCUUCUCUUAAUCCUCUCUUAAUAUAUGCUUUAGAGAAGCGUUUCCCAAACUUGGUCCCGAUGAACCCAAAGUGUGCACAUUUUUUUUUUUUGCCUUAGCACUACACAGCUGAUUGAAAUAAUCGAAGCGUGAUGAUGAGUUGAUUAUUUGAAUCGGUUGUGUAGUGCAGUGGAGGCUGCUGAGGGGAGGACGGCUCAUAAUAAUGGCCGGAGCGGCGCGAUGGAAUAAGCAUCAAACACCUGGAAAACUUGUUUGAGUUAUUUGAUACCAUUCCACUAAUUCCACCCCAGCCUUUACCACAAGCUGGUCCUCCCCAAUUAAAGUGCCAACAACCUCCUGUGGUGUAGUACAAAAUGUGCACCUGAGGACCGAGUUAGCGUCAGCCUGUUAGUACUAUCAUGCCAACUCAGUUGCUGUCAAUGCCUGACGAGUUGAUCUGGGACCAGGCUAGCAAUGCUCCAUUCUAGCUUGUAAAUGGGAGUUCCUGUCCAACUACAUUAGACGCAUGCCAGAUCUUACAACUCCUGAUUAGGUAUUUAACACAUCUGCUAAACCACAUCACAUGCUAUAGCAAUCUGAUGCCCGACUGCACAGUCGAUGACGUGGCACGGAGUCUAUUGGUUGAUGCAAUGCAACACUUACGCUUGUAGUCGGCCAGGAACUCGACCUUAGACUGACAUUCCAUUUGACACUGUGAUGGUUCCCAUGACCACCUUUUAUGUGCUGGCUUUAGUGAGAUGCUACGGCCCACACAAAGGGGAAGGAUUUUAAAGACUUGCUUUAAUGUACAUCUAUUGAGUGCAUUGUAUAGACAGGCUACUCCUUUCAGUUUUAGGCUACUCCUUUUGCUUGCUUCAUUACAGUCUUCGGCCUGUUUCCUCCAUGGCUUUGUUUUGCACUAGAUAUAUGUGUUACGAUAGCUCAAUGUGUUCUGUACCAUUUGAAUGUUGGAAAGAGACUCGUAACACCAGAUUUGUUUGUGUUGUUUAAAUAUGCACUGUAAAUAAUAGGAGAGGAACGAAAAGCACUUCAUUUUGAAAUUCUCAAUCUAUUUUUGACCGGUUGGAUGUGUUUUUUUUUUUUUUUUUUUCUUUGGCAAAAGAGAGCUAUAAAAUUAUAGGUGGAGCAGAAUAAUAAUUUUAAGGGAACAAGUGUCCUCUGUAACUUGGGCCAAAUGAUAUCUACAGUAACUUAACGUUAACGUUUUCUCGGGAGUCGUUGAGAGCACUCCUUUCUCCAUUCCAUUCAAUUGUGACAUUCCUAAAGCACGGUUAAUUGCACUUGAGUAAGCCUAUCGACUUUGCCUGCUUAUAAAACUGGUCAACUGAACUGCCCUACCAAGCAAAAAGGCAGUAACUGCUCAUAGCAUGGAACUGAGGAAAAAAAUGGCUUUUAUUUACCUUAGUUUCACAGUAACCUUAUGCAGUUACUGCUAACAUGACCCCCACUUUCUCCAGAGCACAAUACAAAAGAGGCAGGAUACUUGUCCAUAUAAUUAAGCAUGUAUUUGAUGUAGCAAAAAUGACUAACUCGUUUUCGACCAAAUGAGCAGUUACUGCCUUUUUGCUUGGUAGGGCAGUGAAGACCUUACGCUACAAUUUCACUUUAUAAUUCCCCCAAUGCCAAAGCGUAACCUGGAAGUAAUUCUAUUUAGAAAUAAUGAACUCCACUACCUCACAGGAAGGCAGAUUAUAGCUACUGGGGUAACAUACCUACCCCACUUGCACAGGAAAGUUUAACGACACACUCAGGUGGUCUUCAAUGAAAUGUCUGUCAGUCAUUAUUUGUCUCGUUUGUUAACCUGAAACCAAGGUCAGACUUUAUUAGCAUUCCAUUGUGCUUACAAUACCGACGUGUGUGAAAUGUUCUUCAAGCCGUGAUGUUAUCUGGCGGUUUAAUAACUUUUUUCUUUCUUUCUGGAAACUUGUCUAGAAAUGGGAAAACCUGUAAUUAUGUAUUUACUCACUCAGUGCAUUGUGAAUGUUUUCAGGUAAUUGUGUGUAUUUUCCUGCUGUUGUGUGUUUUAUAUUGUCAAAGACUUAACCUUUUAAGGUCAUUGUGGCUGGAGGCACAUUGUGUUACGUAGUGACUUACAUUCCUCAACACCAUUUUUAUUCACAGUACCUCACAAUCGUGUUUCAGCUAAAACAAUCCAGAGUUCCUUUUGAUUCAGAUCCUCAUUAUGUUCUACCAUGUACAUUCAUAAAUGCACUCCACGGAUAGUUAGAUUCAGAGUAGUAUACUAUGUCGGUGUUGAUUUUGUAAAUGUCUCCAGUUGGGAUGUUUUUUAUGGUGAAAGCAGUGAAUCUCCCACCAGUUGUUAUUCCUCUUCCAUAAAUGCAGAGGGAAUCUGAGCGUGUUUGUUAUUGUAGGUGUCCAGAACCCAUAUUCCUUCUGGUCUCAUUCUCGUACAGUAAUUUGAAGUUGUAAAGGACAUAUUUUGCUUUGUGUGUAUUCGCUUUAAAAUGCAGAACGAGCUCUGAGAAUACCGCCAUUUGCAAUUAAAAAAAAAAAAAAGAUAUUUCAUAUAAUUAGGCGGCCUAUAUCUGUUGUCUGUGAAGAUGCUGAAUAUGUUUUAUUUUGGUAUGUCAGAUGUAUAAUGCAAACAAUCAGCUAAAAUGUUUUACUCCAAACAGUUAUCUUUUAAUAUAUUUAUUUCCUAAGCAAAA